CUUCACUGCUGCCAGUUCGGGGAUGUUUCUGUCCUCUCUGCCCAGCAGAGGAUCUACCCUCGUGAUACGCGGCGCAGCCUAAGUCCACGAAGCUCAAGCUCUGCAUGGAUGGCAUUCGUCCCCAUCGGGCUCAGCGAACUCCACAGGCCUGCAAUACAUGGCAUGUUGACCUUUCUGACCCGUCAAACCGCUGCAUCGGAAACUCGUCGGACCAGUGCUAACGCUGAUGAAACAUCUGCAGUCGCCGGAGGAAGACCAAAUGUGACGGUGUCCGCCCACAAUGCCGUCACUGUGCAUCGCGGCGGAUCUCCUGCAUGUGGCCGGCGCCAGCGCCAGUGGCCGUUGCAGAGUCGUCAUCCCCGGAUUCUACGUACAGUCCUUGCAGCCACCGGCCGUCAGUGCAGUCCCCGGCAGAGGCUAGUCUUCCAGAUAGACGAGGCCUGAACCGAUGUAUGAACAUCUUCUUUGAGCGCCACUUUCUGGGUAACUUCUGCUCUUUCGUCUACCGGCCUGACCUGGAGGAUCCGUCGGCCCCUCUACCAUUUCUCACGGUGGCAAUAGUAUGUCUCUGCUCGCGAUAUUUGACCCCCGCCGAGGCUACGGAAGACUUUGGCCUGCCUUCAGGCGCAGAAGUUUGUUGUCGUUUCACCCCGAUCGCCAGAGGCAUGGCUCGAUCUUCGUCCGAUGAACCGAGUGUCCCGACUAUCCAAGCAAAUCUGGUUCUUGCCCUAUCCGAAUUCCUCGGCAAUGCUGGGUCCCGCCAUUGGAUGUACGCGGGGACAGCAAUCCGUAUGGCGCAGAUCAUGAGGCUGAAUAAGGAGUACCAUCAGGCUCACACUCUCAAGGAGCAAGAGAUUCGGCGGCGGACAUUCUGGGCGUGUCUUUUAUUUGACAAGUUGCUGGCCUGCUUUCUUUCAAAGCCGCCGACAAUAUCACUAGUCAAUGUCGCGGUUGCGCUGCCCGGCACGGACGCGUCUCUGGCAUACCAGGAAGUAACACGAGGUCUUACUCUGGAUAACCUGGUAUCGUUCACUGGCUACCCGUCCGAAAUAGGGAUAAUGCCUUAUUUCAUCAAGACCGUGUGUCUGUGGAGCAACAUCGUUGACUUCAAUGUCUGCAAUCGCCGGUUUGUGGAAAAGAAACCGCCGACUGAUCCAACAAGUUCUUUUUAUCAGCGACACCAGGAGAUACAGGAUUGGGUUGCCUCGCUCCCUCCCGGUCUAUUAUGGUCCACGGAAAACUACAGAAGCCACUCUGCGUUGGGCCACGGGAGGGAGUUCAUAGCCAUGCAUUGCGUAAUAUACAGUUCAUUCUGCGUGGCCCACCAGCAGUAUCUCCCACAGCUAGACGGUUCAUCAAUCUUGCUUGAUAGUGUGGAUGCAGCAGGCUGGUCAUUGCUGCGGAGAGAGCCCAUUCUUCUAUUAACAUGCGUUACAAAUGCUCUGAGAGUCGGAGAAGUGAUAACCAGAUUAUCCGAAGCAGAUGCGAGAUCUCGAUCAGAACUGCAGUGUGUCUGGGUCGCAGCAUCCGUGCUAUCUGUCUCUAACAUCCUCCUUUGGAUCCAGUAUGCAAACGAUCCUGAAUAUGGCAACGUAGAGAUGGUCGACAGGGCGCAGAAGUACUUCUCCCUCUUCUUGACCAUGUUAUCAUCCUGGUCAACACAUUGGGCCGCUGCGCAGACCUGGUUAGACAUUCUGAAAAAGAUGCACGCCAUGUACAAGGGGGCGUACCUGGGCGAAUUCGAUCGAUCCGUUCUCGACGAACCGAGUGCGACAUCCGCAGUCGAAGAAGAGGAUCCCACAGGCUUUCGACCCCAGCCAGGCGACGGAUAUCUGUCAUCGGCCCAGGUGCAGAAUCUAUACACUUGUCUUCGGUUCCUUACUCUGGACACGACAGCAAAGCCGAAGAUGUUGCAGUCGGUUUGGAUGGGAUUUGCAAGCGGUUGGACCCACGACCUCACUGAAGUUGCUCACGAUGUGACCUUUGGAUAGGCUUCUCUUACGGAAGAGUUGCUGAGAGGCCAAUGUAUAGAGGGCCAUGACUACGCUUCGAGGACCAAGUUGCCGCAGCUAGUGGCAGUGGUAUACUGUAAGUAGUCUCACUCUUAGAUCGACACCGUCUAUAACAUAAGAUACGAGGGUGACGGUGCUCUUUGGCAUGUCCUCGGUUCAGCGAGCAUGAAAGGAGAAGCCGCGCGCAAAUGUGUCUCUAACACGAGCAACAUAUUGUCCAGGCGGAGCCAAUUACCCCACGGGCGUCGUCUAUCGAAGGAUGAUUCUUAACUUUAUCAGAUCGGGAGAGCCUAUCUGAAUCGUAUGCUCGACCAAGACUAGCAUACGAUUUGACCCUAAGAGACCUUAUCGCAGCACUCCUUGCAAGGAUAUGGGCACUAGGCACUGGGCAGGAGGUAUAUAUGGCCUUGGCCGUUGCGUUAGGCUUGCCUGCAAGCAUUGACAUGGUUGUCUCGCUGCCGGUCAUUCAGCUGUGUGGAAUAUGAAAUUAAAAACGCCGCUUCGCGAGCACCGCAGCAGCCAUCUAGAGAGUCAGAUGGAGGCACCGUGGAGACGGCAGUGGCCUUCGACCCGGCCGUUUGCAAAGGGCUCAGGUUGAAGGCGGACUGUAUCCUGCGGCCUCUAUUAUCUGUCACGAACUUGUUCAACUCUCGUGACCGCAGCAACAUCUCCAAUGCGAAUAUGGCUGGCCGCUCGCAGGACCUCCACCUGGUUGGGAAUCAGUUCAACCAGGUCCUGACGUACUAUCAAAUCCCAUUUAUCGUUCUCGGCGCGUCUUGACCAUGAUCACGAAGCAGAUGGGCCCACGCUGGAUGGUCCCCAGCAUGCUGUUCGUGUUCGGCGCGGUUUCAUUAUCGACGGGCUUUAUCACGAAUUCAAGACAUUGGUGGUUUGCCAGGUGCUCGUCGAUGCCUCAUGAGUCUGGGUUUCUCGCGUGGAGUGUCGAGAGGAGGGUGUGAUGGGUGCUCGGGAUGCUCGGUUCGGGUUUCAGCCGUAGGGAUUGUUAAGGAUUAUUUUGCGGAUAAUUAGCUGGCUGCUGCUAUGGAUAUACCGUCAUUCAGUCGUAGUAAUUAGUCACUUGUCUAGGAAUAAUGCAUCUUGCUA